UGCUUAGCUCAAAUGGGACAAUACCGAUCGGCCGUGUGCCAAGCCUCAGAAGUUUGCUGCGACAUUUCGCAGGUGGACGAGUCAGUUGAUGUGACUGAAGGACCUUCGGAUGCUGAAGACCUAUGCGGCAUGAGCAAUCCAAGCGGACUGGAGGCGAACGCCAAUGCAUCUGAAGAUCAGGCGAAGUUUGGAGAAUUCCCGUGGACGAUUGCUCUGUUCCAUAAAGGGCAAUACUUCGGCGGUGGCUCUCUGGUUAGCCAGAAUGCUGUCCUCAUGGCAGCCCACCUCCUGGCGGAUAAGUCAGAAGCCGAUAUUGUAGUCAGAGCUGGCGAUUGGGACUUGUCAAGCACGGAGGAGAGCACUCCGCAUGAAGAGCGCCAAGUUUCGAGGGUUGUGAAACAUGAGAACUUCGAUGUGAAAACUGGAUCCAACAACCUGGCACUCCUCUUCCUUGAGAGCCCGUUCCCCAGGACAGCACACAUCAGGCCCAUUUGUUUGGCCACCGCAGAGAGGUCCAUUGAUGCGCGCUGCUUUGUCGCCGGUUGGGGAAAAAAGGAAUACCCGGAUGUUGAGUAUUCGAGCAUACUGAAGAAAAUUGAGCUGCCCAUCGUGGACAGGGCUACGUGCCAGAAUCAGUUGAGGCAGACCCGCCUGGGCAGAUCCUUCGUCUUGGCCCCUAGCUUCGUUUGCGCAGGUGGAGAGAAGGGUAAGGAUGCCUGCCAGGGCGAUGGCGGAUCCGCGUUGUUCUGUCCCCUGGCCGAUAACACCUCUCGAUACGAGCAGGUCGGAAUCGUCAACUGGGGCAUCGAAUGUGGAACGGAAAACGUACCGGCUACGUACACGAAUGUGGCCCAGUUUCAACCGUGGAUUGAGCAGCAGCUGAAGCUGGCGUCCACCGAGGCAGCGUGGUAA